GUACGUUCAACGUUUGCGUUACAUUUUAGCUUGAUUCGCUAUAUAUUUCUAUUUUAACUGUGAGACUCGCACAAGUGUUUCUCCAGUUCCAUAAAUUUAACCAAUAACUCUUUCACUAAUUAGUUAUGGUUAGUCAUACAAAAAAGCCACGAACUCAGUCACCUGUCAACGUGAUGACUAAUAGUAUAAAUAUGCUCGCAACGACGAGCAGCACAACUCCCACAAAGUAUGGAAAUGAGGCACACAGCUUGCCAAUACGCCGCAAGCGUCGAGCUGCCGGUUCACUACCAUCUACUGUGGCUGAAACUGAGGGCGAAAACUUGCUGACAAACAGCAGUAGCAACGCUUCUACAAACUCAGCACUUGGUCCUGACAUAAACCUCUUCACUUCACCCUAUGUACGUGUCACAAAACUUCAGAUUCCAAGUCCAGCUCCAACACUUACUUCAGAAAUAGAACGACUAAAGCUGGCUGUAGAAGAACUGAAGACUGAGAUGCGGGACAUAAGGUGUAGAAAAGAUAUGAAUGCAGGAUUUUCAGAAAAUUUGGCCAACUUAUCUGAACUAUCAACACAGGUUGGUGAUAUAAAAUCACAGGUCUGUGAACUUGCCCCUCUGAACAUCUUGACUAAGACCAUAAACCCUGGCGAACUUGACACAGAAUCAGUAUCUAAGAUAGACACCUUGAUAAACUUCAUCACAACAGAGGUUAUCAAAAGACUUGAUACUAAACUAAGUGUGAUUGUCUACAAUAUACCGGAUAAUGAGGGGUUGAAAAAGGUUCAAAGCAUCUUACUUAGGGCGGCGAAAAUGCCUAACUCCCAAACAAAAUGUCACAGACUGAAGAAGAGUCAGCACGACCACUGCUGUCCUAUACGCCUUCAGUUCGAAACGCAGACAGAGGCUAAAAAAUUCACCAACACACAACGUAUCCUAUUACAGGACACAAGCUACAAACAGGUAAAAGUUGUAGCAGAUAAGACAGUGAUUGAAAGGCGUGCUUACAAUCACCUUAAUAAACCAAAUGGCAGGACACCUCAAGCCACUAAAAUAGAUAUACACACUACCAACACGGUAGAACUCAUAGCCUCCCCCCUCUCUAAUCCCGUAAAAAUAGCUCCAGAGAAAAUGAAACCAAACGAAAGACUUGUGAGCUAUAGUCUUACUCCUAAAGUAACCUCUCCUCCCUCUACGGUGGAUCUAGAUAUGUCUAUGGACAGCCAUAAGAUGGUAAUCAAUCCCUCUUGUAAGCUGACAACAUCCUCUCUUAACCAAAACGUGACAACGCAAAUGGAACUCGGUAACAAAACAGGCCGAAAUACGCCACUUGUUGCGAAGAUUCCCCAACAUAUUCAGACUCCCAAGAAUAUCUCACGCUUUAAGGUAAAUAAUAUUCAAAACCAUGCUAGCAACCAAACUAAAAACAAAAAUAAGGACAUAGAGCCCAAGGACAACAACGACACAACCUACUUGCAUACUGUGCCAAGUCACACUGGUAGCUGGUGUAGUGACGCUAUCACGCAAUUGGAAUUGAGACGCUACAUUUUCGUUCUAAUUCUUUCAAACCGUAUACAAACUAUUUACACACAAUUUUUACCGGAAACUGUUAAAUUUUCACAUUCUACACAUAAGAAUACUUGUGAGAUACUAUUUUUCCUUGGAAGUAUUAUAUAAACUCUGUUAUCACUGACCCUGCCAUCUGCAGGUUUUGGAUGUAUAUUUUAUGGGAUAUAUCUGGUUCAAUUUGGUGAGUCUGUGCAAUUUUUCGAAGUUUUGCGUGUUAUAUUAUCUAUUCAGUGCUAUAUCUAUAGUUCUGAUUUCUUUUCUAACGAACUCCACCCUUUACUGAAGUUGCCCUCCUUUAAGUAUCUAUUAUUCUAAUAGGAGGAUUGUUAUCUGUUAAUAGUUGUCGAUUUUGUUCUUAAUAGUUUAUUUUUAUUGACUUAGUGUUGAUUAUACUGGAAAUCUGACGUUUUCAUCACCAGUCGUCUCAAUUGUGUGACAGUCCGAAUCUACCUUAAACCCUGAUUUUCGGAAUUUACUUUUUCGUUAGUUUCAUCUGAACUAUAGCUUAUUUCUCCAUUAUUUUUGACACGGUGUUACUAGUCCUCAGACUUGUUCUUUUCAUAUACUUUUUACCAAGGAAUUCCUUCAACUUACGAUUUUUGCUAAUUAACUUCCAGUAUCUGACUGAAAAACGGUGAAUUUCCACUAUUUUCACCUAUUAUUUCUUUUUCGUCUAACUCUAACUUUCUGAAAUUGUAAUAAUCGGUUGCAGCUCGCCGAGCUGAAUCUUUUGAUACCUAUUUUAUCCUCAUUAUUUGCCCAUUUCUCUUCCAAAUCAUUUUGUUUUUGGUACUUUUAGCCAUUUCGGCCGAAAAAGUACUUUAUACUCAACAAAGGAUUUUCUGAUCUAGUGACAGUGACAACACCGGUCCUUGUUUUUAAUCUCCCUUGGUCUAUCUAGUAAGACCGAGGCCACUUUUCGUCUCGUCAUUACCUUUCUAUUUCCAUCCACGAGACCUUUUUCCACUUUUGCUCCUAAUACCACCUAUAAUAUUUCUGAUUUAUUCAGUCUUCUUCUUCUCUGUCCAAAUAUCUCUAUCAUGAACCAUCCAAAAUAAAUUCUUUCAUCAUUUUUCACCCUGUAGACCUAAAAGCCUCAUACUUCUAUCGCCUGUGUAAAAGUUGUGAGCCCCCCCUCUUCGCAUAGUAUCCCCCUAACAGGAGAGUUCUGCUGCCUCUUUCCAAAGCUAAACUUGUACAUACAUCUCAGAUUCCAAAUCGUCAACACUAUUUCUUUAUUUUUACAAAAAAAACCCGUAGCUUUUUGCUUUCUCCCAAACUU